CUUAUCAUGAGUCCUGGGUAUAUAAAUAUGUACUACGAACCCUCCCAUGAAGGCCUCGAUCGCGUGCAAGCAAUUCGGUAUUAUUCGCGGAUGCAGAUUCUCCUUACCGUGGCGCCUCUACUGCAAAAGUCCUCCUCGCCACGCGUCGUCACCGUUCUUGGUGCGGGGAAAGAAGGACAGCUCUGGGCGGAUGAUUUGUACUUAAAGGACCAUUAUAGUCUACCUAAUGCGGCGGGUGCAAGCGCGAGUAUGAUGACUCUGUUCCUAGAAGAAUUCCAGAAGCAGCCUGGAAAUGCGAAAAUCAGCUUCGUCCACCUCUACCCUGGUCUCGUAGGUGGCACGGGACUAACGAUCAAGGGAUUGCCGGGUUGGGCGCAGGUACUGGUAGACUGGAUUGCGACCCCACUAAUGAGAUGGUUUGGAUAUUCUGUAGAGGAGGCGGGAGAAAGAGUGCUAUAUGCUGCAACCAGUCCGAUGUUUCCAGCGAAGGACAGGCAGGGUAGGGAAGAAGCUGAAAGAGGAAGCGACGGCGGGAAGGGAAGUGGAGUUUACUUGGCACAGGGGGAUUCCACUGUAGUGCCGGGUAACAAAGUGUUGAGUGGUUUGAGGGAAGAUGAAAUGGGUACGAAAGUGUGGGAUCAUACGAAUAAGAUAUUCAGUAGUGUACAAAGGUCAUAACUUAGUUGGUUUGAAUAUCUAAA